AUGACUGGAAGAAACCAAACUGUCAUCUCCCAGUUCCUCCUCCUCGACCUGCCCAUCCCCCCAGAGUACCAGCACCUCUUCUAUGCUCUGUUCCUGGCCAUGUACCUCACCACUGUCCUGGGAAACCUCAUCAUCAUCAUUCUCAUUCUCCUGGACUCCCAUCUCCACACACCCAUGUACUUGUUUCUCAGCAACUUGUCCUUCUCUGACCUCUGCUUCUCCUCUGUCACAAUGCCCAAAUUCCUGCAGAACAUGCAGAGCCAAGAUCCAUCCAUCCCCUAUGCAGAUUGUCUGACACAAAUGUACUUUUUAUCGUUCUUUGGAGACAUGGAGUGCUUCCUUCUUGUGGUCAUGGCCUAUGACCACUAUGUGGCCAUCUGCUUCCCCCUUCAUUAUACCAGCAUCAUGAGCCCCAAGCUCUGUGCUUGUCUUUUGCUGCCAUUGUGGAUGCUGACCACAUUCCAUGCUAUGCUGCACACCCUGCUUCUGGCUAGACUGUCUUUUUGUGAAAAUAACAUAAUUCUCCAUUUUUUCUGUGACAUAUCUGCUCUCCUGAAUCUUGCAUGCUCAGAAACUUAUGUUAACUAGUUAAUGAUAUUUAUCAUGAGUGGACUCAUUGGUAUUAUUCCAUUCAUACUCAUUGUUAUGUCCUAUGCAAGGAUUGUCUUUUCUAUUCUCAAUGUUCCAUCUACCCAAGGAAUACACAAGGUCUUCUCCACCUGUGGCUCCCACCUGUCUGUUGUCUCACUGUUCUAUGGCACAAUUAUUGGUCUCUACUUCUGUCCAUCAGCUAACAACUCUACUGUAAAGGAAAUAACCAUGGCUAUGAUGUAUACAGUGGUGACUCCCAUGCUGAAUCCCUUCAUCUAUAGCCUGAGGAACAGAGACAUUAAGGAAGCCCUGAGAAGAGUUCUCUGCAAUAAGAAAAUCUCUUUGUAA